AUGACUGAUAUUAAGAGCGGGUACCCGGCCGGCCCCGGGUGUCGAAGGCGGGGCGGGCAGGUGCGGUUCAGCAGGGAGCAGACGCGCCACCUGGAGCUGUGCUUCAGGCGGUCGAGGACCGUCACGGGUGACGAGAGGCGAGACAUCGCCAGGCUCCUCCACCUCCACGAGCGGCAGGUAAACACCUGGUUCCAGAACCGUCGGGCCAAGGAGAAGAGGCUUAAGGCGCCCCUCAGUGUCCCAGGACCUGAUGCUCGGGGCUGAUGGCCAGCGAGGAGUCGAACCCUGGCAGCAAGGAUGACAACGAAUUCAAAUCCUUAUUUUGAAUUCACUCCUGACACACCCUUGAAUACAUCUGUCCGCACCUGACCUCUCAAAUGGUGUAAAUUCAAUACGCUCUGUACUGUCCCAUCACUUGAGAAUGAACCAUGUUGGUUCGAAACGUUGUGUAAAUUUUUAAUAAAUGAAAUAUCGUCUAUAGUUAA